AUGGGUUGGAUUUCAAUGGGAAAACUAUUUGACCGUAUUGAAGAUGGGGAAAAUGUAACUCAUGCCGUCGCAGUGACUUUAUUAAUUCACACAUCGAAGAUUGAAAAUUUGUGGAAAUUAGAUUUAUUGGGGAUUCAAGACCCUGUUGAAACAAAAUGUAGAAAGGAAAUGGAAAUUGCCGAAUUGAAUCAUUUUAACGAAACUGUUACCUUUAAAGAGGGAAGGUAUGAGGUUCAGUUGCCUUGGAUACAAAAAGGCAAAUUCGAGGAUUACGAAAAUGUUUUCACAGAUUGGUUAAAUAAAGGAAUUACAGAAGAAGUUCCUGAACACGAAAUGAAUAAUCAGUGUCACUAUUUACCACAUGAAGCGGUAUUCAAAGAAACUUCGACCAUGAAAUUGCGACCGGUUUUUGAUGCUUCCUGUAAAGACAAAAAUUCGCGCUCACUUAAUGAUUGUCUAGAAAAGGGUCCAAAUUUGCUGGAACAAAUUAUUCCUAUAAUUUUAAGAUUUCGCAAGAAUAGAAUAGGAGUUAUUUCAGACAUAAGAAAGGCUUUUUUGCAAAUGUCAGUGAAUAAGAGUGAUCGAGAUUUCUUACGAUUUUUAUGGUGGAAAGACUUUGACAAGGAGGCACUUAGAGUUUUUAGACAUAAACGCGUUGCUUUUGGAUUGAAUUGCAGUCCCCUUUUAGUGGCUGAUGUAUUAAGCCAUCACAUUGAUCUAAAUUCGUAUAAAUAUCCUGAAACAGCGGAAAAAUUAAAGGAAUCAUUCUACGUAGAUAAUUCCAUUACAUCUGUUUCUGAUGAAGAGACACUUACGCGCUUCAUCGAGGAAUCGAAACAGAUAUUAGAUUUUGCCUGA